AUGUCACAGGUACGUUAUCCACCAGCAGGCUUUGUGGCCCCAGGAUUUGAAAAAGUGCUUGCUGUUUUAAGUGAUAGUUUUGCCAGAGGCAUAGACAAAGGUUGCAGCUUUGCAGCAUAUUACAGAGGUCAACCAGUUGUGAAUAUUUGGGGUGGUGUUGCUGACAAAGCUUGCAGACGUCCAUGGAAGGAAGACACAAUGGGAUUUUUUCACUCUACUACAAAAUUUGUAGCAUGUGUGACAAUCGCCCAUUUGAUUGAAAGUGGUCUGUUAAAGUAUGAUGACACAGUUGCAGCACACUGGCCAGAAUUUGCUCAGAAUGGAAAGGAAAAUAUAACUCUGGAAAUGCUUUUAUCAUAUAGGGCAGGUCUUGCAGUUUUAAGCGAAAAUUUUGAUGUGAGAUGGAUGAUAGACAAUCCACGUCUGCUUCAUGAUAUGCUUGCAAGACAGAGGCCAUUUUGGACACCAGACACAGCUCAUGGAUAUCAUCCAAUUACUCUUGGUUUGUACCUCAAUGAGAUUGUAAAGAGAGUUGACAAAAAAGGACGCAAUUUAUCUCAAUACUAUCAGGAAGAAAUUGCACAACCAUUUGGCAUAGAUUUCUUCAUUGGACUUCCAAAACCUUUGCAACACCGAGUUGCAAGACUAGAGAUUAUAGAAUUAACUCCAGAUUUUAAGGAGCAGCAAAUGAAAACAUUCAAAGGAAAUUUAACUUUAAUGAAGCAUUCUUUGACUCAACCAAAGGAUUGGAAUGCAGCAAGGAAGUUAAAUGAUCCAGACUUUAUGGAGAUUCCAUUACCUUCCUCGCACGGUGUUGGAACAGCUCUUGCUAUGGCCAAACUGUCUGGAAUUUUGGCUAAUGGUGGAAAACAUGAGGGAAAAACUUUGCUACCUCCUAAGUCUAUAGCUAAGCUCCAGGAGCCUCUAUCCUAUGGGUUGGAUUUACUUACAUCAGGCCAUGACAUUAAUGGGCGAGGGACUUGGCUCAUCCCAGUUGUGGAAGGCAAGAAGACCUGGUUUAUGUUUGGACAUGCUGGAUUCGGAGACCAGUGCAGUGCAGCAGACCCUCAGUAUAAAGUUGGCUGGGCCUAUAUCACAAACUACCUGGACCCUUCAGCUAAUCUCACUGGAAGAAACAAGUGGCGACCACUGGUUGCAGCUCUGUUUGAAUGUGUUCACAAACUAGAGAACGUUCAAGUAGAGAGAAAAUUAUUGAGUACAUAUGAUGAGCUGGAGCAUUUAAGACUGUCUCUAAAACAAUGUAGCCACUUGUGA